UACAGGUGAGGGCGGGGGCGGGGCCUGGCGCUACAGGUGAGGUGGCGCUGGGCCCAGGUACAGGUGGAGCUGCAGGUACAGGUGCGGCUACAGGUGUGGACCCGCCCCGGGGGCGGCAUCAGGAAGCGGCGACUGGGCCCGAGCGGCUACAGGAUGAGUUCGGCCGAGGAUGAUUAUAACUUUGUGUUUAAAGUGGUGUUGGUGGGUGAGUCGGGCGUGGGCAAGAGUAACCUGUUGUCCCGGUUUACCCGUAAUGAGUUUAACCACGACAGUCGCACCACCAUCGGUGUCGAGUUCUCCACCCGCACCCUCACCGUGGCCGGCACCACCGUCAAAACACAGGUGUGGGACACCGCCGGGCUGGAGCGGUACCGAGCCAUCACCUCCGCGUAAGUCUGGGGGACGGGGGUACA